CUUCUUCCACUUUGACCCUCCUCUCCCAAAAAAACCCAAAAAACUCUCUGAAACUCUCUCUCUCUCUCUCUUAAAGUUCGUCCCUUUAAAUCGCUUUCAGUUUUACUGCGACAGAGAAAAGAAAAGUAUGUUAUUUUCGCGGGGAUUUUCUCGGAUUCAAAGAAGCAGCUUCAAUGGGUUGUGUCGGUGUUUUCUUUCCCAUCGCCGGGACCCGCAGUUCGUUGCCGCCAGCGCUUACUCUCAGUCGCUGAGUGAUUCGACCCAGAAGAUUAUGGGUUGCAGAGAGUUCUUUUCGUGGGGCUUGCCGCCGGUUUUCCAUGUUUCGAAGCACCAAAUUCACCAGCAAAGCAGCUCCAUGGUUGAGGAACCACUUGACCCAUUCUCACUUGUUUCCGAUGAACUGUCAAUUAUUGCAAACAGGUUGCGGGCAAUGGUAGUUGCUGAGGUCCCUAAGCUUGCCUCCGCUGCCGAAUACUUCUUUAAAAUGGGGGUAGAAGGAAAGAGGUUUCGUCCCACGGUCUUAUUGCUGAUGUCAACUGCUUUGAAUAUCACUGUACCUGAACCUCCUACGCAGUUGCGAGAGGCUUUGUCAACAGAGCUACGCGCAAGACAACAAUGUAUAGCAGAAGUUACAGAGAUGAUUCAUGUGGCAAGUCUUCUACAUGAUGAUGUAUUGGAUGAUGCAGACACAAGGCGUGGUGUUGGUUCAUUAAAUUGUGUAAUGGGAAAUAAGUUAGCUGUUUUAGCAGGGGAUUUUCUGCUUUCCCGAGCUUGUGUCGCACUUGCGUCUUUGAGAAACACAGAGGUUGUAUCAUUACUGUCAACGGUUGUUGAGCAUCUUGUGACAGGUGAAACCAUGCAAAUGACUACCACAUCUGAUCAACGUUGUAGCAUGGAAUUUUAUAUACAAAAGACAUAUUUCAAGACUGCAUCACUGAUUUCAAAUAGUUGCAAGGCAAUUGCCGUUCUUGCUGGGCAUACAACUGAAGUUGCUACGUUGGCUUAUGAGUAUGGAAAAAAUCUGGGAUUGGCAUUUCAAUUAAUAGAUGACGUUCUUGAUUUUACGGGCACAUCAGCUUCACUUGGAAAGGGCUCUUUAUCUGACAUCCGCCAUGGCAUCGUAACUGCUCCAAUAUUGUUUGCCAUGGAAGAGUUUCCUCAGUUGCGUACAGUUGUUGAACAGGGCCUUGACAACAACCCUGCAAAUAUUGAACUCGCUCUUGACUAUCUAGGUAGGAGCCGCGGAAUACACAGGACAAGGGAGCUAGCCACAAAACACGCAAACCUUGCCGCAGCAGCAAUCGAAUCUCUGCCCGAGAGCGAAGACGAGAAUGUCAGAAAAUCGAGGAGGGCACUCCUAGAUCUCACCCACAUAGUCAUUACAAGAACCAAGUGAUGGAGAAGAUCUGGCACCAUAUUGACAUUAAUAAGGUGUCGAAGUUCAAUUAUUUGUCAUUGCCCUUAUAUUGAACUUCAUUGUCCCCCUAAGGACGAGGGACCAUUCGGUUUUCUUCAUCAUAUUCUUUCAAUCAUUUCGUUUUCUUUUCCAAAAUUUGUUCCGCCGACUACAUUUCGUUUUGUAAAAUUCACUUUACCCUUCAUUGUGUAAAUUAAACUCUGGAGUAAUUAAGGAUGAUAUCACACACAACGUCCCCAGAUUCUGAUCAAAUGAUGUAAUUGGAUCGUAUUCGGCUCGGCUUCAAGAGUGAAGCUAGUAGCGACUUUCGUCUCUGA